AUGGGUCGACGACCAGCUCGUUGUUAUCGGUACUGCAAGAACAAGCCGUACCCGAAGUCGCGCUUCUGUCGAGGAGUGCCCGACGCGAAGAUCCGUAUCUUUGAUUUGGGCCGCAAGAAGGCCAGAGUGGAUGAGUUCCCGCUCUGCGUCCACCUGUUGUCCAACGAGUUCGAGCAGAUCUCGUCGGAAGCGCUGGAGGCCGGGAGGAUCUGCGCCAACAAGUAUUUGGUGAAGACGUGCGGCAAAGACGCGUUUCACGUGCGGAUCCGCGUUCACCCCUUCCACGUGUUGCGCAUCAAUAAGAUGUUGUCGUGCGCCGGAGCCGAUCGGCUCCAGACCGGCAUGAGAGGUGCUUUUGGUAAGCCGUUGGGAACCGUCGCCCGCGUAGACAUUGGACAGCCGUUGAUAUCGGUUCGCGCGAAGGAACAGCACAAAGACAAUGUCAUCGAAGCCCUCCGGAGGGCGAAGUUUAAAUUCCCCGGACGUCAGAAGAUCGCGGUCUCCAAGAAGUGGGGAUUCACUAAAUGGAGUCUUCAGGACUACGAAGUGAUGAGAGCCGAUGGACGCCUGCGACCCAACGGAACCACUUGUCACUACUUCCCCAAUAAGGGUCCGUUCAAUGUCUGGAUUAAGAAUCAAGAGAACCUCCGGUCGGCCGACUGA